GUAAGAAACUCAUUCAAGUGCAGCAGUGGGCCGGCGCCAAUCUGACAAAAUCAAAGCUGCAGGAAAAUGGACAGUGAGGUACAGAGAGAUAGAAGGAUCUUGGAUUUGAUUGAUGAUGCUUGGCUAGAAGACAAACUGCCUUAUGAGGAUGUUGCAAUACCACUGAAUGAGCUUCCUGAACCUGAACAAGACAACGGUGGCACCACAGAAUCUGUCGAAGAACAGGAAAUGAAGUGGACAGACUUAGCCUUCCAGUACCUCCACGAGAAUGUCCCCCCCAUUGGAAACUGACACUCGGCUCCUUAUGAAUGGAUUUUUAAAAAAUACAUAGAUACAAAAUGUUAAAA